CCGAGUCGUCUGGCAUUGGAUCGUCUGGCUCGACAGCGGGCAUCGGGUCACCAGGUAUGACAGCGGGCACUGGGUCACCAGGCAUCAGGUCAUUUGGCUCGCCAGCGGGCACCGCGUCAAUUGGCACGACAGCGGGCACCGGAUCAGGUACCGGAUCAUCUGGAUCAACAGCGGGCAUCGAGUCAACUGGCCUAAUAGGAUCAUCAGGCUGGAUCAGCUGAGUAGAGGCAUCAGGCUGAAGAGAGGCAUCAGGCUGAAGAGAGGCAUCAGGCUGAACCACGGAAGGCAG